ACAUUAACGAAUGUUCAAGUAAGCCAUGUCAUCACAAUGCUACAUGUACCGACAAUGAAGGUUCUUUUGAAUGUGAAUGUAAUGUUGGGUAUUCUGGAAAUGGAUUUAAUUGUUCUAGUAAGUAAAUCUUGUUCUAGUGAGUAAAUCUUUCAUUCCUAUGUCUAUAACUUUAUACCAUUCUUCGAGUCACUCACUGUUUGUUAUUCCUAUAAAUGUUUUAGACAUUAAUGAAUGCGCAAGAAAGCCAUGUCAUCACAAUGCAACAUGUACUGACAAUGAAAGUUCUUUUGUUUGUGAAUGUAAUGUUGGGUAUUCUGGAAAUGGAUUUAAUUGUUCUAGUAAGUAAAUCUUGUUCUGGUAAGUAAUCUUUCAUUCCUAUGCCUAAAACGUCAUACCAAUCUUCGAGUAACAUAUUGUUUGUGACUCGUAUAAUCUUUUUAGACAUUGAUGAAUGUCCAAGCAAGCCAUGUCAUCACAAUGCUACAUGUACUGGCAAUGAAAGUUCGUUUGUUUGUGAAUGUAAUAUUGGCUAUUCUGGAAAUGGAUUUAAUUGUUCUAGUAAGUAAAUUUUCUUCUAGUAACUUAAUCGUUCAUUCCCAUAUCAAAAACUUUAUACCAUUCUUCGAGUCACUUAUUGUUUGUUAUUUGCAUAACCUUUUUAGACAUCAAUGAAUGUUCAAGUAAGCCAUGUCAUCACAAUGCUACAUGUACCGACAAUGAAGGUUCUUUUGUUUGUGAAUGUAAUGUUGGGUAUUCUGGAAAUGGGUUUAAUUGUUCUGGUAAGUAAAUCUUGUUCUAGUAAGUAAAUCUUUCAUUCCUAUUUCUAAAACUUUAUACCAUUCUUCGAGUCAGUUAUUGUUUGUUACUUUGUUAUUUGUUAAAUCCUUUUAGAUAUUAAUGAAUGUUCAAGUAAGCCAUGUCAUCACAAUGCUACAUGUACUGACAAUGAAAGUUCUUUUGUUUGUGAAUGUAAUGUUGGGUAUUUUGGAAAUGGAUUUAAUUGUUCUAGUAAGUAAAUCGUGUUCUAGUAAGUAGGCCUAAAUGUUUCCUACCUAUGUUUAAACGCUUAUAGCAUUCUUCGAGUCACAUAUUGUUUGUUAUUUGUAUAAUCUUUUUAGACAUUAAUGAAUGUUCAAGCAAGCCAUGUCAUCACAAUGCUACCUGUAUUGACAAUGAAGCUUCUUUUGUUUGUGAAUGUAAUGUUGGGUAUUCUGGAAAUGGACUUAAUUGUUCUAGUAAGUAAAUCUUGUUCUAGUAAGUAAUUCUUUCAUUCCUAUUUCUAAAACUUUAUACCAUUCUUCGAGUCAUUUAUUGUUUGUUACUUUGUUAUUUGUAAAAUCUUUUUAGAUAUUAAUGAAUGUUCAAGUAAGCCAUGUCAUCACAAUGCUACAUGUACUGACAAUGAAAGUUCUUUUGUUUGUGAAUGUAAUGUUGGGUAUUUUGGAAAUGGAUUUAAUUGCUCUAGUAAGUAAAUCGUGUUCUAGUAAGUAGGCCUGAAGAUUUCCUACCUAUGUCUAAACGUUUAUAGCAUUCUUCGAGUCACUUAUUGUUUGUUAUUUGUAUAAUCUUUUUAGACAUUAAUGAAUGUUCAAGUAAGCCAUGUCAUCACAAUGCGACAUGUACUGACAAUGAAAGUUCUUUUGUUUGUGAAUGUAAUGUUGGGUAUUUUGGAAAUGGAUUUAAUUGUUCUAGUAAGUAAAUCGUGUUCUAGUAAGUAGGCCUAAAUGUUUCCUACCUAUGUUUAAACGCUUAUACCAUUCUUCGAGUCACUUAUUGUUUGUUAUUUGUAUAAUCGUUUUAGACAUUAAUGAAUGUUCAAGCAAGCCAUGUCAUCACAAUGCUACCUGUAUUGACAAUGAAGCUUCUUUUGUUUGUGAAUGUAAUGUUGGGUAUUCUGGAAAUGGACUUAAUUGUUCUAGUAAGUAAAUCUUGUUCUAGUAAGUAAUUCUUUCAUUCCUAUUUCUAAAACUUUAUACCAUUCUUCGAGUCAUUUAUUGCUUGUUACUUUGUUAUUUGUAAAAUCUUUUUAGAUAUUAAUGAAUGUUCAAGUAAGCCAUGUCAUCACAAUGCGACAUGUACUGACAAUGAAAGUUCUUUUGUUUGUGAAUGUAAUGUUGGGUAUUCUGGAAAUGGAUUUAAUUGUUCUAGUAAGUAAAUCUUGUUCUAGAAAGUAAAUAUUUCAUUCCUGUGUCUAAAACGUUAUACCAUUCUUCGAGUCACUUAUUGUUUGUUCCUUUGUUAUUUGUAAAAUCUUCUAAGACAUUAACGAAUGUUCAAGUAAGCCAUGUCAUCACAAUGCUACAUGUACCGACAAUGAAGGUUCCUUUGUAUGUGAAUGUAAUGUUGGGUAUUCUGGAAAUGGAUUUAAUUGUUCUAGUAAGUAAAUCUUGUUCUAGUAAGUAAAUCUUUCAUUCCUACGUCUAAAACUUUAUACCAUUCUUCGAGUCAUUUAUUGUUUGUUACUUUGUUAUUUGUAAAAUCUUCUCAGACAUUAACGAAUGUUCAAGUAAGCCAUGUCAUCACAAUGCUACAUGUACCGACAAUGAAGGUUCUUUUGAAUGUGAAUGUAAUGUUGGGUAUUCUGGAAAUGGAUUUAAUUGUUCUAGUAAGUAAAUCUUGUUCUAGUGAGUAAAUCUUUCAUUCCUAUGUCUAUAACUUUAUACCAUUCUUCGAGUCACUCACUGUUUGUUAUUCCUAUAAAUGUUUUAGACAUUAAUGAAUGCGCAAGAAAGCCAUGUCAUCACAAUGCAACAUGUACUGACAAUGAAAGUUCUUUUGUUUGUGAAUGUAAUGUUGGGUAUUCUGGAAAUGGAUUUAAUUGUUCUAGUAAGUAAAUCUUGUUCUGGUAAGUAAUCUUUCAUUCCUAUGCCUAAAACGUCAUACCAAUCUUCGAGUAACAUAUUGUUUGUGACUCGUAUAAUCUUUUUAGACAUUGAUGAAUGUCCAAGCAAGCCAUGUCAUCACAAUGCUACAUGUACUGGCAAUGAAAGUUCGUUUGUUUGUGAAUGUAAUAUUGGCUAUUCUGGAAAUGGAUUUAAUUGUUCUAGUAAGUAAAUUUUCUUCUAGUAACUUAAUCGUUCAUUCCCAUAUCAAAAACUUUAUACCAUUCUUCGAGUCACUUAUUGUUUGUUAUUUGCAUAACCUUUUUAGACAUCAAUGAAUGUUCAAGUAAGCCAUGUCAUCACAAUGCUACAUGUACCGACAAUGAAGGUUCUUUUGUUUGUGAAUGUAAUGUUGGGUAUUCUGGAAAUGGGUUUAAUUGUUCUGGUAAGUAAAUCUUGUUCUAGUAAGUAAAUCUUUCAUUCCUAUUUCUAAAACUUUAUACCAUUCUUCGAGUCAGUUAUUGUUUGUUACUUUGUUAUUUGUUAAAUCCUUUUAGAUAUUAAUGAAUGUUCAAGUAAGCCAUGUCAUCACAAUGCUACAUGUACUGACAAUGAAAGUUCUUUUGUUUGUGAAUGUAAUGUUGGGUAUUUUGGAAAUGGAUUUAAUUGUUCUAGUAAGUAAAUCGUGUUCUAGUAAGUAGGCCUAAAUGUUUCCUACCUAUGUUUAAACGCUUAUAGCAUUCUUCGAGUCACAUAUUGUUUGUUAUUUGUAUAAUCUUUUUAGACAUUAAUGAAUGUUCAAGCAAGCCAUGUCAUCACAAUGCUACCUGUAUUGACAAUGAAGCUUCUUUUGUUUGUGAAUGUAAUGUUGGGUAUUCUGGAAAUGGACUUAAUUGUUCUAGUAAGUAAAUCUUGUUCUAGUAAGUAAUUCUUCAUUCCUAUUUCUAAAACUUUAUACCAUUCUUCGAGUCAUUUAUUGUUUGUUACUUUGUUAUUUGUAAAAUCUUUUUAGAUAUUAAUGAAUGUUCAAGUAAGCCAUGUCAUCACAAUGCUACAUGUACUGACAAUGAAAGUUCUUUUGUUUGUGAAUGUAAUGUUGGGUAUUUUGGAAAUGGAUUUAAUUGUUCUAGUAAGUAAAUCGUGUUCUAGUAAGUAGGCCUAAAUAUUUCCUACCUAUGUCUAAACGUUUAUAGCAUUCUUCGAGUCACUUAUUGUUUGUUAUUUGUAUAAUCUUUUUAGACAUUAAUGAAUGUUCAAGUAAGCCAUGUCAUCACAAUGCGACAUGUACUGACAAUGAAAGUUCUUUUGUUUGUGAAUGUAAUGUUGGGUAUUUUGGAAAUGGAUUUAAUUGUUCUAGUAAGUAAAUCGUGUUCUAGUAAGUAGGCCUAAAUGUUUCCUACCUAUGUCUAAACGCUUAUACCAUUCUUCGAGUCACUUAUUGUUUGUUAUUUGUAUAAUCUUUUUAGACAUUAAUGAAUGUUCAAGCAAGCCAUGUCAUCACAAUGCUACAUGUAUUGACAAUGAAGCUUCUUUUGUUUGUGAAUGUAAUUUUGGGUAUUCUGGAAAUGGAAUUAAUUGUUCUAGUAAGUAAAUCGUGAUCUAGUAAGUAAAUCGUUCAUUCCUAUCUCUAAAAUUUUAUACCAUUCUUCGAGUCACUUAUUGUUUGUUAUUUGUAUAAUCUUUUUAGACAUUAAUGAAUGUUCAAGCAAGCCAUGUCAUCACGAUGCUACCUGUAUUGACAAUGAAGGUUCUUUUGUUUGUGAAUGUAAUGUUGGGUAUUCUGGAAAUGGAUUUAAUUGUUCUAGUAAGUAAAUGUUUUCUUCCUAUAUAUAAACGUUUAUACCAUUCUUCGAGUCACUUAUUGUUUGUUAUUUGCAUAAUCUUUUUAGACAUUAAUGAAUGUUCAAGCAAGCCAUGUCAUCACAAUGCUACCUGUAUUGACAAUGAAGGUUUUUUUGUUUGUGAAUGUAAUGUUGGGUAUUCUGGAAAUGGACUUAAUUGUUCUAGUAAGUAAAUCUUGUUCUAGUAAGUAAAUCUUUCAUUCCUAUGUCUAAAACUUUAUACCAUUCUUCUAGUCACUUAUUGUUUGUUACUUUCUUAUUUGUAAAAUCUUUUUAGACAUUAAUGAAUGUUCAAGCAAGCCAUGUCAUCACAAUGCUACAUGUACCGACAAUGAAAGUUCCUUUGUUUGUGAAUGUAAUGUUGGGUAUUCUGGAAAUGGAUUUAAUUGUUCUAGUAAGUAAAUGUUUCCUUCCUAUGUCUAAACGUUUAUACCAUUCUUCGAGUCACUUAUUGGUUGUUAUUUGUAUAAUUUUUUUAGACAUUAAUGAAUGUUCAAGCAAGCCAUGUCAUCACAAUGCUACCUGUAUUGACAAUGAAGGUUCUUUUGUUUGUGAAUGUAAUGUUGGGUAUUCUGGAAAUGGAUUUAAUUGUUCUAGUAAGUAAAUCUUGUUCUGCUCAGUAAAUUUGUCAUUCCUAUUUCUAUCACAAGUGGUGUGCCACAAGGAUCAGUUUUAGGUCCUGUAUUAUUUCUCUUAUACAUAAAUGAUAUUCAAUAUUGUAGUAAAUUGGUUUCAAUUAUAUUAUUUGCCGAUGACACUAACGUACUGUAUAGCGAUGUUUGUCUCAAAACUUUAAACGAAGCUAUUCAAGUUGAAAUGAACAAAAUUACAGAUUGGUUGAAUGUUAAUAAAUUAUCUAUAAACACUGCGAAAACCAAGCUGAUCCUUUUCAGAUCAAAAACUAAGAAACCUAAAUGUGACUUAAGAAUUUCUAUAAAUAGCGAAACUAUAAAACAAGUAAAAAAAAACUACGUUUUUAGGGAUUGUUAUAGAUGAAUUUUUAUCAUGGUGCGAUCAUAUAGAUCUUAGUUAAAAAAAAAUUAUCAAAUGUACAGCUAUUAUAUCCAGAAUACGACAUUUUAUAAACCUAAAUUCCUUAAAACUGAUCUAUUACGCAUUGGUCUAUCCAUGUCUUAUAUACUGUAAUUUAGUUUGCGGUAACGCUUACAAAUCCCACAUUAAAAAAUUAGUAAAUAUCCAGAAAAAGAUAGUAAGAUUAAUGACCUUCAAAUCCUUUUUGGCCAUACUGAAGCAAUUUUUAAUGACCUUAAAAUACUAAACUUGUAUAAAUUGAAUGAUUUCUUAACAAGUCUAUUUAUGUUCCGAUAUUUCCAUCUACAAAAUCUUCCAGAAAUUUUUGAUAAAUAUUUUUUAACUAACAAAGAAAUCCAUAAUUACAACACAAGAAACGCAUCAUUGCUCCACAAAAGUUGUACUAUACAACAAAUUAUAAAAAACACACGCUCGGUAAUAACGGCAUCGAUGUGUGGAAUAAUCUUCCGACGCAAUAUAAGCAAAUUAGAUCUCUUCCAAUAUUUAAAUCUACAAUUAAAAUAUAUUUUCUUCUGUCAAAUUUAAAUAAGUAGAAUUCUUGGCACAAAGUGAAAAGCCAAAUAGUUGUUAUAGUCUGAUAUAUCUUUUACGCACUUUCCUUAUUGUAAAUAUAUCACCGUAAUUCCUUUGAAAACAAUUGGACUGGUAUUAACUUUUAAUAUUAUAUUAUUUGAAUUGUAACUAGGGACCUUAAACAAAAGCCUUAUGGUUUCUAGAAGGUUCCCAGCCCUACUAUUGUAAAUAUUUUCUAUUUAAAUUGUUAAUUUUAUAAACUGAUUUGCGCGAAUAUAUUAAAUAAAAAAACAACAAAAAAAACAAACUUUAUACCAUUCUUCGUGUCACUUAUUGUUUGUUACUUUGUUAUUUGUAAAAUCUUUUUAGACAUUAAUCAAUGUUCAAGCAAGCCAUGUCAUCACAAUGCUACAUGUACUCACAAUGAAAGUUCUUUUGUUUGUGAAUGUAAUUUUGGGUAUUCUGGAAAUGGAAUUAAUUGUUCUAGUAAGUAAAUCUUGAUCUAGUAAGUAAAUCGUUUAUUCCUAUCUCUAAAAUUUUAUACCAUUCUUCGAGUAACUUAUUGUUUGUUAUUUGUAUAAUCUUUUUAGACAUUAAUGAAUGUUCAAGCAAGCCAUGUCAUCACAAUGCCACCUGUAUUGACAAUGAAGGUUCUUUUGUUUGUGAAUGUAAUGUUGGGUAUUCUGGAAAUGGACUUAAUUGUUCUAGUAAGUAAAUUCUUCAUUCCUAGGUAUGUCUAAAACUUAUACCAUUCUUCGAGUCACUUAUUGUUUGUUACUUUGUUAUUUGUAAAAUCUUUUCAGACAUUAAUGAAUGUUCAAGUAAGCCAUGUCAUCACAAUGCUACAUGUAUUGACAAUGAAAGUUCUUUUGUUUGUGAAUGUAAUGUUGGGUAUUCUGGAAAUGGAUUUAAUUGUUCUAGUAAGUAAAUGUUUCCUUCCUAUAUAUAAACGUUUAUACCAUUCUUCGUGUCACUUAUUGUUUGUUAUUUGUAUAAUCUUUUAGACAUUAAUGAUUGUUCAAGCAAGCCAUGUCAUCAGAAUGCUACAUGUACUGACAAUGAAGCUUCUUUUGUAUGUGAGUGUAAGGUUGGGUAUUCUGGAAAUGGAUUUAAUUGUUCUAGUAAGUAAAUCUUGUUGUAGUAUGUAUAUCUUUCAUUCCUAUGUCUAAAACUUUAUACCAUUCUUCGAGUCACUUAUUGUUUGUUACUUUGUUAUUUGUAAAAUCUUUUCAGACAUUAAUGAAUGUUCAAGUAAGCCAUGUCAUCACAAUGCUACAUGUAUUGACAAUGAAAGUUCUUUUGUUUGUGAAUGUAAUGUUGGGUAUUCUGGAAAUGGAUUUAAUUGUUCUAGUAAGUAAAUGUUUCCUUCCUAUAUAUAAACGUUUAUACCAUUCUUCGAGUCACUUAUUGUUUGUUAUUUGUAAAAUCUGUUUAGACGUUAAUGAAUGUUCAAGUAAGCCAUGUCAUCACAAUGCUACAUGUACUGACAAUGAAGCUUCUUUUGUAUGUGAAUGUAAGGUUGGGUAUUCUGGAAAUGGAUUUAAUUGUUCUAGUAAGUAAAUCUUGUUGUAGUAUGUAUAUCUUUCAUUUCUACGUCUAAAACGUUAUAUCACUCCUCGAGACACUUAUUGUUUGUUAUUUGUGUAAUCGUUUUAGACAUUAAUGAAUGUUCAAGCAAGCCAUGUCAUCGUAAUGCUACAUGUACUGACAAUGAAGCUUCUUUUGUAUGUGAAUGUAAAGUUGGGUAUUCUGGAAAUGGAAUUAAUUGUUCUAGUAAGUAAAUGUUUCCUUCCUAUAUAUGAACGUUUAUACCAUUCUUCGUGUCACUUAUUGUUGGUUAUUUGUAUAAUCUUUUUAGACAUUAAUGAAUGUUCAAACACGCCAUGUCAUCACAAUGCUACAUGUACUGACAACGAAGCUUCUUUUUUAUGUGAAUGUAAUGUUGGGUAUUCUGGAAAUGGAUUUAAUUGUUCUAGUAAGUAAAUCUUGUUCCACUAAGGAAAUCUUUCAUUCCUAUUUCUAAAACUUUAUACCAUUCUUCGAAUCACUUAUUGUUUGUUAUUUGUGUAAUCGUUUUAGACAUUAAUGAAUGUUCAAGCAAGCCAUGUCAUCAUAAUGCUACAUGUACUGACAAUGAAGCUUCUUUUGUAUGUGAAUGUAAUGUUGGGUAUUCUGGAAAUGGAAUUAAUUGUUCUAGUAAGUAAAUGUUUCCUUCCUAUAUAUGAACGUUUAUACCAUUCUUCGUGUCACUUAUUGUUGGUUAUUUGUAAAAUCUUUUUAGACAUUAAUGAAUGUUCAAGUAAGCCAUGUCAUCACAAUGCUACAUGUACUGACAAUGAAACUUUAUUUGUUUGUGAAUGUAAUGUUGGGUAUUCUGGAAAUGGAUUUAAUUGUUCUAGUAAGUAAAUCUUGUUCAUGUAAGUAAAUCUUUCAUUCCUAUGUCUAAAACUUUAUACCAUUCUUCGAGUCGCUUAUUGUUUGCUAUUUGUAUUAUAUUUUUAGACAUUAAUGAAUGUUCAAGUAAGCCAUGUCAUCACAAUGCUACCUGUAUUGACAAUGAAGGUUCUUUUGUUUGUGAAUGUAAUGUUGGGUAUUCUGCAAAUGGACUUAAUUGUUCUAGUAAGUAAAUCUUGUUCAUGUAAGUAAAUCUUUCAUUCCUAUGUCUAAAACUUUAUACCAUUCUUCGAGUCACUUAUUGUUUGUUAUUUGUAUAAUCUUAGACAUUAAUGAAUGUUCAAGCAUGCCAUGUCAUCACAAUGCUACCUGUAUUGACAAUGAAGGUUCUUUUGUUUGUGAAUGUAAUGUUGGGUAUUCUGGAAAUGGACUUAAUUGUUCUAGUAAGUAAAUCUUGUUCUAGUAAGUAAAUCUUUCAUUCCUAUGUCUAAAACUUUAUACCAUUCUUCGAGUAACUUCUUGUUUGUUACUUUGUUAUUGGUAAAAUCUUUUUAGACAUUAAUGAAUGUUCAAGCAAGCCAUGUCAUCACAAUGCUACAUGUACUGACAAUGAAGCUUCUUUUGUAUGUGAAUGUAAUGUUGGGUAUUCUGGAAAUGGAAUUAAUUGUUCUAGUAAGUAAAAGUUUCCUUCCUAUAUAUGAACGUUUAUACCAUUCUUCGUGUCACUUAUUGUUGGUUAUUUGUAUAAUCUUUUUAGACAUUAAUGAAUGUUCAAACAAGCCAUGUCAUCACAAUGCUACAUGUGCUGACAAUGAAGCUUCUUUUGUAUGUGAAUGUAAUGUUGGGUAUUCUGGAAAUGGACUUAAUUGUUCUAGUAAGUAAAUCUUGUUCCACUAAGGAAAUCUUUCAUUCCUAUUUCUCAAACUUUAUUCCAUUCUUCGAAUCACUUAUUGUUUGUUAUUUGUGUAAUCGUUUUAGACAUUAAUGAAUGUUCAAGCAAGCCAUGUCAUCAUAAUGCUACAUGUACUGACAAUGAAGCUUCUUUUGUAUGUGAAUGUAAUGUUGGGUAUUCUGGAAAUGGAAUUAAUUGUUCUAGUAAGUAAAUCUUGUUCUAGUAAGUAAGUCUUUCAUUCCUAUGUCUAAAACUUUAUACCAAAUUUCGAGUCACUUCUUGUUUGUUACUUUGUUAUUUGUAAAAUCUUUUUAGACAUUAAUGAAUGUUCAAGCAAGCCAUGUCAUCACAAUGCUACAUGUAGUGACAAUGAAGCUUCUUUUGUAUGUGAAUGUAAUGUUGGGUAUUCUGGAAAUGGAAUUAAUUGUUCUAGUAAGUAAAUCUUGUUCUAGUAAGUAAGUCUUUCAUUCCUAUGUCUAAAACUUUAUACCAUUUUUCGAGUCACUUCUUGUUUGUUACUUUGUUAUUUGUAAAAUCUUUUUAGACAUUAAUGAAUGUUCAAGCAAGCCAUGUCAUCACAAUGCUACAUGUAGUGACAAUGAAGCUUCUUUUGUAUGUGAAUGUAAUGUUGGGUAUUCUGGAAAUGGAAUUAAUUGUUCUAGUAAGUAAAUGUUUCCUUCCUAUAUAUGAACGUUUAUACCAUUCUUUGUGUCACUUGUUGUUGGUUAUUUGGAUAAUCUUUUUAGACAUUAAUGAAUGUUCAAACACGCCAUGUCAUCACAAUGCUACAUGUACUGACAACGAAGCUUCUUUUUUAUGUGAAUGUAAUGUUGGGUAUUCUGGAAAUGGAUUUAAUUGUUCUAGUAAGUAAAUCUUGUUCCACUAAGGAAAUCUUUCAUUCCUAUUUCUAAAACUUUAUACCAUUCUUCGAAUCACUUAUUGAUUGUUAUUUGUGUAAUCGUUUUAGACAUUAAUGAAUGUUCAAGCAAGCCAUGUCAUCAUAAUGCUACAUGUACUGACAAUGAAGCUUCUUUUGUAUGUGAAUGUAAUGUUGGGUAUUCUGGAAAUGGAAUUAAUUGUUCUAGUAAGUAAAUGUUUCCUUCCUAUAUAUGAACGUUUAUACCAUUCUUCGUGUCACUUAUUGUUGGUUAUUUGUAAAAUCGUUUUAGACAUUAAUGAAUGUUCAAGCAAGCCAUGUCAUCACAAUGCUACAUGUACUGACAAUGAAACUUCUUUUGUUUGUGAAUGUAAUGGUGGGUAUUCUGGAAAUGGACUUAAUUGUUCUAGUAAGUAAAUCUUGUUCUAGUAAGUAAAUCUUUCAUUCCUAUGUCUAAAACUUUAUACCAUUCUUCGAGUCACUUAUUGUUUGUUAUUUGUAUUAUCUUUUUAGACAUUAAUGAAUGUUCAAGCAAGCCAUGUCAUCACAAUGCUACCUGUAUUGACAAUGAAGGUUCUUUUGUUUGUGAAUGUAAUGUUGGGUAUUCUGGAAAUGGAUUUAAUUGUUCUAGUAAGUAAAUGUUUCCUUCCUAUAUAUAAACGUUUAUACCAUUCUUCGUGUCACUUAUUGUUUGUUAUUUGUAUAAUCUUAGACAUUAAUGAAUGUUCAAGCAUGCCAUGUCAUCACAAUGCUACAUGUACUGAGAAUGAAGCUUCUUUUGUAUGUGAAUGUAAUGUUGGGUAUUCUGGAAAUGGAUUUAAUUGUUCUAGUAAGUAAAUCUUGUUCUAGUAAGUAAAUCUUUCAUUCCUAUGUCUAAAACGUUAUACCAUUCUUCGAGUCACUUCUUGUUUGUUACUUUGUUAUUUUUAAAAUCUUUUUAGACAUUAAUGAAUGUUCAAGCAAGCCAUGUCAUCACAAUGCUACAUGUACUGACAAUGAAGCUUCUUUUGUAUGUGAAUGUAAUGUUGGGUAUUCUGGAAAUGGAUUUAAUUGUUCUGGUACGUAAAUCUUUCAUUCUUGUGUCUAAAAUAUUUUUUUUUAUCGAUGACUUAUUGGUUGUUAUUUAUAUAAUUAUUGGUGAUCAUUAAUGUAUUUUGCAUCAUAUAGCGCUCACUUAAAGAAGCAAAAAAACUAAUCAAACACUGUUUUUAAUCCGGUCCCUCUAAGGGCUGUCAUCUUCGAUUUAUUCAUCCAGAAUGUGUAUUAUGUCGCUCUGGCUCUGGCUGGGUGGAAUUUUGCAACCACUCUCUGUGCAAUUGACAUUAAAUAACUCAUUAUUAUUUUCAUCAUUAUUAUUUGUUGAAAGCUAGAAGUAACGAAUAUUAUUUUUUAGAUAUAAACGAUUGCAGCAGCUUAGGCGUUUGUCCUGAGAACAGUCACUGUGUUAACAUUCCAGGCAGUUACACAUGUAGUUGUGAUGUUGGAUAUAGUGGUUCUACGCAAUGUACAAGUAAGUAUAUUUUCUUAAGAUAGACACCUACUCUGUUGGUAAGUUUCUCUAAGUGAAUCUGCGCAUGUCAGAUCGUGCCGAACUCUAACCCCUGGUUUCUAUUUUGGUCGUAUAACUGUCUUGGUCGAGGUCAAGUUAUAUUCGAGGAUGUGAAUUAACCUAGAUUUAUUUUGUCUUUGAUGUGCUUUGCGCAAAUCUGUCUUGAUUGACUGUAGAAAUAUAUCGACACUCUAUUACAGCAGUCACCUUGAUUAGCAAUAAGUAAAUUAAACUGUAAUCGCUUAAGUGCGCGCUCCAUUUUCCAUUUCUUAUUUCAUUGUGUUUUAUAUUUUGUGUGUGUUACCUGCUUGCUCACCCAUCAUACUUUUUCGUCUUUUCUUUAUUUAGGGCUGGCAGACGCAUUUAUUUCCAUGACAUUCAUACUUAAAGAUAGAGAAUUUACGAACUCACUAAACGAUCCAAACUCUGACGAUUAUGGGACGCUUGCUAGACAACUCAUAAAUAAUGUAAGUCUCACAAUUGUGAUGGAAUCGAUUUUUAAGAUAAAGUAAACAACUUCAUAGUGGAUAGCUUUAUCAGAAAUUGUUCUCCCUGGGUGGUCAAAUAAUAACGGUCAUUCCCGUGUUGGUUCAGAGAUUUUACCGCAGAAGAAAACCUCAGAAAGCUGUUUUCCCAUGAGGUGCAGUAAUGUGGCAACCCUUAUUCAUUGUUUCUAAAGGAAGUCUUUCUGGAGAGUUUCGCGCCCCCUAAAUGCUCCUCUUUUGAGAGGAACAUACUUUAGAAAUCAAACAAAAGUGCCCUAAACUCUGUGCUAUCCAUUCUGGUUAAAUCUUUAGUAAAAUAAUUUUGUCGCAUCUAUUUUAAGUCCAUUUGACUUUAUCUUUAUAGUUUGAUAAGAUAUUUUCCAAUGUUCCAGAAUAUCGUGGUGUCAAUAUCAUUCAAUUUCGGUCAGUUCAUAGUUGCGUAUAUUUAAUUUGAAGGGAUAAUGUGGUGAUUUUAAAUAGUUACAUUAGUUGCAAGUUAUAAUUAAGUUCUAACCAAAAUAUUGUAUUCAUUCUGAAAAGAUCUGGAAGUGUGAUUUGUGAUGCAGAAAUGGUCUUGGUUCCAGAUGCUGAAAACGAAAUUAUUAAAGUUUUGGAGGGCGUUAAUACAACUGGCGCCCUUGGUAACUUUUCUGUUGUACUUGGUUCAUUGACUACAACUGCUGAUAUACCAGGUAAUUUGAGAAUACUGGAUAACCUAGGAUAACCCUGAUGAUAGUGAAGUAAACCCAAGUGUUUAUGGUUCGUAUACAGACUAGCAAUGCUCAAACGAAGGGUCUAAAUGUCGGAAUAGGUGGACUUUUGUAAGCAUUGUUACGGGAUAGCAAGUGAGUUCAACUUCAAAACUGUUCACAUAAUUGACAGCAAAUUAUAAACUUCAUCACUACAUUUCUUAUGAACAUCAUCACUGAUGCACCAUAGUGCCUAGUAAAAGCCACCUACGUACUCUCCCCCAACAGAGUUUUCUCAAACAACCAUCCAGGUAAUCAACUCAUGCUCUGUUUACGUUUAGCAUUUACAGAUAUUCAAUUGGUCCCACAGUACAGUGGAUACGCUGGAGACAUGUUGGAGAUAACAUGUACUGUUACUGGACCGUCUCUUCCGAGCUUUGAGUGGAGGAAUAAUAGCAUGAUUUUGUCCUUAUCAACAAGAGUAAAGAUUGAAAACAACAAUCAAGUUUCAAAACUUUCUGUCCGUAAAACUGCGAAACCUGACUCUGGCAAUUACUAUUGUAUAGCCAGGUAAGUGCGUUUGAGAAUAAUAAUUCGUCCAUGAACUACAUCGAUACGUUGAUGGAAUUGCUUCAGAUCAUUUUUCUGUUACAUCUGGUGUCUCACACGACAGCGCACUAGGCCCUACCAUCCAAUAUUACAGUCCUACAGGAUUACGCAGAGUAAACCUGCAAUGUUUGAUGACUUCAAGCUAGAAGCACUCUUCUUCACAUGUGCGGCUGAGGCCUAAUCAGACAACUACAUUUUGCAGAAAUCCAACCCUGCAUGGUGACAGAACUGGAAGAAAACGCGUACCGACCAUUGUGUCACUAAACUCCAAAACGCCACGCCCGUGGUCAUGUUUUCGUAAAGUCCCACAUGGUGUUUCCUUUUAUUUUAGUAAAGGGAUAGACACAAUCAACAGUAGUGUACCUGUAGAAGUUAAAGUUAUUCCAGUUGUUGCAGUUUCUCCGUUAUCUGUUUCUGCUACUGAAGGUAAUGCGUGCAUCCCUUAGGAUCUAUUAGCAAGAGUAUGCACAGAAGAGGUGACUAAUUCCGCUCGGCUAUUUACACCCGGAGAAAGGAAAGUAUUAGCGAAGUCAAAAGGUUACCAAUAAUCGCGAGCGCAUGGCUAUGCGGGUGAUCAUCUCACUGAUCUGAACAAUAUAGAUGUUUGCCAGGAGUGAAGGAAGUAAAGAUUUAAAAACCAUGCAUGGCAGAAUGCUUGGACAUAUUUUCACACAAUGAAUUUAAAUCAGCUUUUUCAAAUUUUAAAGAACGAUAAGUUCUUUAAUUGGAUCAUUUAUUUUUGCUGUUUGAACAAAAAAUUAAGAAAACAAUUAUUGUGUUGCCAUGGCUAACAUGACACGAGCAACGCGAACCUGCGUUCCGUAUUGGCAUAAUUAGAACACUUCAUGACACAUAUUUCUAGUGUAAGCAUAUAAUGGAACAAGAGUAACCAAGCAUUUAAUUAAAUUACCCUAAUCGUAUGUUUAUGUCCGUUGCCACCAACACAUUAGUCCAGUUCUGGCCCCUGACCGCGCUCCUCCCACGCGGAGAAGGGUCCAGGGAAAACUGCAUGCGCAUGCUCUCAUGCGCAGUACCGAUUACCAGCUUUUCCUGGUAAUCGGAACUGCGCAUGUUUUGAUUUGCAAAAUAUAGUAAUAUGGCGGCAGAGAAGUAUCGAAAGUUAUUUCCUUAUUACGAGUAUAAUUAAGCUUGCAAGUGAUGAACCAGGCGGGAAUCGUAAUCGUAGUAUAAAGAUUAAUGCCCAGCAUAACGUACGCAAAAGAGUACGUUACGUACGUUGCGUACGUUAUGCUGGGCAUUAAUCUUUAUACUACGAUUACGAGUAUAAGCUGUAUAAUUUCACAGAGGCCGUAAGUUAUGCAGUUACUGCCUGUAAUUUAAAUUUCAUUUUACAGAAGGAACAAAUUAUGCAAGCAGCAAGCGUUAUACGAGUAUACAAGGGGUAGAGAUGUUGUUAUAAACUUGCAGACUGGUUACGGAAAAAGUAUUUGCUACUCUUUAUGUCCCUUAAUAAUUUGUGACAGUUUAUGUGGUGUUACUUCCAAGGAACAGAGAAGUUCGGUUCACAAUCCAUAUGCCUAGCAUUCUCGCACGUUACAUCCGACUCUAGUUAAAUAUAUCUAUCGAUAGAAGUCGACGUCGUGCUAUCUGUUUCAAAAGUCAACUUUUUAAUUAACCUUUUGACUUACUCGAAAAAACUGAGUUCAUCAAUAGGAUCAAUACAUCGUCUAACUUCAAAUGAAAAUAGCCCAAUACUAUUAAACAUUGGGGCAAAGUAAUAUCAAACGCGUUUUUGAAAAAAAGUCAAUUGGCAUGAUCCUACCGGGUGGCCCAAAAAAAAGUACUCCUGUUUGAUUCGUAAUAACAUCUAAACAAGUAUAGCUUUUAAAGAGAAAUAACUUGCAUCAAAUAGAGGAAGGACUAACUUAGACUUUGAUAUAUUACAGUUGUAUUUCACUUAAAAAUUCACGGAGAUAUUAAUCUUUAAAUUCGGGAGGAUAUUUCUGGAUGUGUCUGAAAUAUGCAAAAAUCGGCGUAUCAAAUAUUAAUCAAGAUUUGCCCGACUGAAACAUGCACUAUUACCAGUAAAUAAAUGACACUUGACAAAUUGUUUAUUAUGAAACAAAGUAUUAUUAUAUCUAUUAAUCCUGCUCUAACCGAGAAAUAAUCAACUUUGUUUUGAACGCAUGAAAAACAUAAAAAAAUAGGUUAUUUAAGAAAAAUUGAAGCGCCUGCCUUGCAUGGUCUUUCAGUACCUUGAGUUUGCAAAGACCUAUUAAAUACUUACAUAAUUUCGAACGUUCAUAUUUCAGGAAACAAUAAGUUAAGACUUACAUGUAAGAUGUCUAAAUCUACGCCAUAUCCCUUACAAACCCUAACGACAAUUCGCUGAAAUACAAUUUACCCUGAUAUGUCAUUAAGCAAACAAACGCUGGAGGUAAAAUUUGAUACGCCGAUUUUCGCUAAUUUUAGACACAUCCCAAAAUAUGCUCCCGAUUUUGAACAUUAAUAUCUCCGUGAAUUUUUAAGUAAAAUACAACUGUAACAUAUCAAAAUCUAAGUUAGUCCUUCCUCUAUUUAAUGCAAGUUAUUUCUGUUUGAUAGCUUUACUUGUUUAGAAGUUAUUAUAAAUCAAACAGGAGUACUUUUUUUUGGGCCACCCGGUAGAUGAGCAAUUGAAGUGGGACAAACAUAAUGAUGCACAAUGCAAAGUAAUUUCAAAUAAGAUGGCCCUUUUGAAAAGGGCAAGAUCGUUUGUUCCCAGAAAAACUUUAAUAGAAAUGUACAAUGCCUUGGUGUGGCCACACUUCAAUUACUGUUCAACAACUGGAACGAUGGGUCUUGCUCGAUAAUUGAUAAAUUAUUUAAAUUACAAAAGAGAGCUGCGCGUGUGAUAACUGGGGACACGUACGAUGUUCGUUCGACACAAAUACUAAAUAAUCUUACAGUAAUUGGCUUCCAAUUGAGAAACUUUUUAAAAAACGAGAAGUAAUAAUGACUUUCAGGACAUUAACUGGUCGAUUACCUCAAUAUCUUGUAAAACUGUUUACAAGAUGCAUAAACAACAAUUACAAUCCAAGAAAUAACAAACCAAAUUGGCGCUUCCAAAACCUAAGACAAAUUUCCUCAAAAGGAGCUUCUCGUACAGAGCUGCGAAAUCGUGGAACGAACUUUAAAGUGAAACCAUCGAAAAUCACAAUGAACUACCAAUCUUAUAGUUUAAACGGCGAUUAUAUAAUUAGGUAUAAAAUUGAUGCAAAUAUUUAUACUGAUAGCAUACUUUGUAAAUAGUCUUUUGUUUAUAUGUUUAUACUGUAUAUAUUUUGUGUUUCAUAGCUUAGUAUAUUGAUAGAUACACGGCCCUUUGAAACCAGUUUUGUAAAUAAUUAUCCACUGAAUAGGCUACCGUAUGUAAAGUAUUUUAAUUAAAGAUUACUUGUCAGACGCUGUCGACUUUCGCUGCCUCUGUCCCGCCUUUGGCAGUGUCGUUGGCUUUCGAAUUAGAAUAAACGCAGCUCUUUUUACGUUUAGAAUUAGGUGACUGUCCCCUGUUGGUUUAUGGAGACGUUUUAUUUUGCCUUGGUUUACAUGAAUAAAGGUCUCUCUUGUAUCAUUUAUCUUCUUUAUCAACGUUUCCAGCUUUGAUUUGCAGUUUCUGCGGCAAUAUAGAAUUCGUCGAUCCGUCUCCUCGACAUCAAUGGCGCAGUAAGCUUGAAAAUCAUUUCCUAGUUUGGUUUUUCCUUUUGUGUUCGAAAGCACAGUUCUCCUUGUUGGAAGUGUAGUACUGCCACAGAUUUUGCAGCCUUCAAUUUCUUUAUUUACAGCUUUUAUUGGUGUCAAUACAACUUUGUUCUCCAUUGGCAUUACAGUAUAAAUGCAUGCGUUGUUUUAAUACGUACGUAUACUUGUAAUAUUCACACGGCCCAAUCAUAGAUUCUAUUUCCGUCUAUGAUUUCCGUCUUGGGCGGGGCAAGAACUGGCUUUCUGUGAUUGGUUUAAUGAGAGCAUGCUCAUGCAGUUUUCCCUAGACCCUUCUCCGCGUGGGAGGAGCGCGGUCAGGGGCCAGAACUGGACUACCAACACAUUUGCAGAUACCCGCCAUGCCUAGUUCCCACUGUUCUCAUGAUGGAAGCACACAACGGAACGAAACUAACCAAGCAUUUAGGGACGGACCAUUAGAAAAGUGAUGGGGGGGGGGGGGCAAAAUCAAAAAAAAAUUAUUCUUAGAAAAAAAUUAGGGAAAAAAAAUCUUCCCAGGCAUAGUGCAAAAAAAAAAUCCUUGUUUGGAAGAUAGGCCUAUAAAUUUCACUAAAAAAAUAUUUCCAGCCAUCAAGUGAGAAAAAUAAAAUAUUUCUUCCAUAGGUGUACAAAGAAAAAUUAUUGCCUCUUAGAAAAUCCCCCCAUCACUUUUCUAAUGGUCCGCCCCUUAAAUUAUAAAUGUGAGAGGAGUGAGUGGAGACGGCAGUAAACACUCGUUAGUUUCAUUCGUUCAUUAGAUUUAUUAAACGAAUGCUGUUAGCCCCUGUCAUUUUUUCUUCGAAUAAUUCGAAUACCCAAUUUCUUACAUUUUUCCUCAAUUAUUUCUUCAUUCAGGUGAUCCAAUAACCUUAACAUGUGAGGUUUCUGUUGACAAUGAGGGAUUUAUCGAAUUUUUCUGGUACAACUCCAAACAGUCUGGUGUUGUUGGUCAAACUAAACAACUAGAUUUAUCCAAUAUUGAACUGUCUGAUAGUGAUCAGAGUUACAAGGCAGAAUAUUGGUGUUUGGCUAAGAACUCGGACGGUACGGGACGAAGCCAGAACGUUCCAGUGCAUAUAUUAUCAUCAGGUAAAACUAUGUUUUUCUAAUUAUUGAUAUUAUUGGGUUCGGCUAGCAUUAUGGGGCAGAAGAUGGUGUGGUCAGCUUGUGGAAAUGUCGACACCUUAUACAAGCAAAUUAGACUACGUCUCUCAAUUCUAUUUAUUUACCACCCGAAACAACACUACUAUAUAUGUAUUGAAAAUAAUGAACAAUAUUUUCUCACGAUAGUGCUUAGUAAAACCCACCUCCGCUGUGGAAGAUUCUGAUAAUCUGGAAGAAAAGGCUGUACAGUAAUUUAAUCUUCAAUCGUUAUAUUAGCCGCUUAAUUUAUGUUAUUAUAAUUAAUUGUAAUUAAGUUUACAUUCAUUCAUGUAUUUGUAUUGUUAAUUUUUUUGUCGUAGCUUUAGACGUAAAUGCACGUUCGAACGGGCAUUACUGGCUUUGUUGAAAUAAACAAUUUACUUACCUACUUACUUCCAUAGAUAUCUUAUAUAUAUACACUAGAUAGCGCAUUUCGUUUAGUAAAAUUGAAGCCAAGAAUAUUCCAGCGGUUACCCCCAUUUGAAUAGAUGGUGGCCAUGUUGGAGUUUCCCACUCGCAAAUAAACGCUUAAAAAACAACAACUUUCAUCAUUUGAAUAGUUUGAAAAUGUAUUUGGAAUAGGUUUAACUUAAUGUUUAAGUUCCCUGUUUAAGAAAUAGUAGAAAACAUACGAGUCUUCUCAUUUCAUGGGAAUAUCCUGAGUCUGCAAUCACAGCUUCAAUUUUUGAAUUGCAGAAUAAUUAGAUGCAUUACCUAGUGUAUAUAUAUAUAUAUAUAUAUAUAUAUAUAUAUAUAUAUAUAUAUAUAUAUAUAUAUAUAUAUAUAUAUAUAUAUAUAUAUAUAUAUAUAUAUAUAUAUAUAUACUGAGACAACCGAGUCGAUCGCCAAAGGUGCGAGCCUCUAGAGGAGUCUGGGGGCAUUCCCCCCAAAAAUGUUGGACUUCUUGAAGCUCGGAUAAGCUAUUUCUAGCAUUUUAAGGAGUGUUUCAACAAGAAAUUAACCUUAUAAACAAACAGUGACACAAUUACUGCAAUUUCACAGUCUCCUAAAUGUAAUCCAGUCCCAAUAAGGCAACAUGAUGUGAUGAUGCGGUAAUAUGAAAAUGCGCAUGGUAUAGUAUUAUCAUUCGCCACACUUCAAAUUCUACAGUACUGUAUUACAUGUGUAUAUAUAUAUUUAUAUAUAUAUACUUACUCCCAAUGUCGUAGCUAAGAAAAUAAAGAAGGGGGGGAGGGGGGUGUAGUACCGCAUUUGCCGACAUUUCAGUCGCUACUUAAUAUUUUCCCCAAACAAAAAAAUUGUUGGCCAAAAAAUUGUUGGCCCAUAUAACUAUUACAUUUUAUUCCGAGCCACUAAAAUAUUUUCGCUGACUACGAAAACAAUUUGCCGUUAGAUCCGAAAACAUUUGUCGAGUCUAGCAGACAUCUUCCGAGUCCGUGAUUAAUGGGGGUGUUAUACCCCCUCCCUGCUUACUCCAUCAUUUAUUGACCGUGUUUUUUUCUUACUUAUUCUUUUUAGAUUUCAAUGAUUUUUGCUUGGAAGAUAAUGACAGUGGGUAUACUUGGGAAAAGACACCAGUUGGUUCUUCGGUGAUUAAGCAAUGCCUUGAUGGGAAAAUAGGUGAAGUUUAUUUAACUGUUUGUGUUCUCCUCUUUAGAUUGAACUAUAAUAAACUACCUUUAUCGCUUCCUUUAUUUGACACUAUAUCUGGGGGAUAUCCUGUCACGAUGAGAGUCUGUUUUCUGUACAUGCGCUUUACGCAAUAAACGAGUCAGACACCACUUGCAAUAAUUAUGGCAAUGUGCGUAUUGCAUAACGCACAUGCCGGUUUAUUAAUUUUGUAAUCAAUGACAUAAUUAUAAUUAUUGGGGGUAAUACAAACACGUGUUUCGCCGGGAUAUCCAAACACGAGAAAAGAAUGUAUGAAACACAAGCGCGAGUGUUUUCAUACAAUGUUUUCUCGUGUUUGGAUAUCCCAGUGAGACACGAGCUCGAGUUUUUUAUAUGGCUUCUCAAAUGAAUCGAGACGUAACAGAAUAUUUUCGUUUGCUGAUUUCAAUAGAAUUCUUAACCAAGCAUAACGUAAUUAGGAAUUCUAUUCAAGGAAUUUUGCAUGCGUAAUAAAGAUAUUUGAUGAAAACACUAGUGACUUUCAUCAAGUUUCACCGGGUUAUUCAAAUGGCAUCUUGUGAUCAAAUAGGUGAUUAUCAUUGGCUGAAUUGCUCACGAAUUAUUAAUGAAUUUGAGAAUCAUCUUUUUAAACUAGCUUUUAACAUUUAUUUUAUAUUAAAGUUUACAUUUCAACAUUUUAUUACACUUUUAAAUGAUGCUUACCAUUUUGAACAUUCGUUAUAUUGUAAUACAGCGCGUUUUUGAUCAUUGUAUGUAUAAAAAGCGCUUUAUAAAUUAUUAAAUAAUUAUUAUUAUAAGUAGAAUAGUCUUGCGUUCAGAAAAACGGGGAGGAGGGUGGGGAAAAACUUGACUUUAAAAUACAGACGACUUUGCGCUACCAAAGCGAAGAGCAGAAUGAACCAGAUGCGCAUUCUGCUAUAGAUAUGUAUCACCUCUCCCUUCCGUUUUCCUGCACGCAUUACAUUCAUGUGAUCAGAAAAUUACGGCGAAUAUACCCAUGUGUCCCAUGUCAAGUUUGUCUAUUUAUAUAUCCUAAGCUCAGGAAGCAAUAAAAUCUUUAUUGGCAUACCAAUAAUUCCUUUAUUUCCAAUGGAUAUCUCUGUCAGUUUAAAAAUUUCCCCCAGAGUUCUAACUUAAACUAAAGUAAUUUUUUCUGGAUACUUUAAACUGUUCUUCUUAGAGGAAACUGGAGUACCCUUGGUAACGUCUAACCAGUGCAGGGCCGUAGCUAGACGCGAUAAUGGCGAGGGGGGUAUAUUCAUAUAUAUUCAGGUUCACAUACCGUAAAAACAAUCGCUUUCAAAAGAAAUCCGUCGGGCAGAACACGAAUAUAUGAAUAUGCACUCCCAAUUAUCGGUGUAGCUAAGGCCCUGAACCAGUGGUUUUCUUGUAAAUAAGAUAAAAUAAUAGCAGGAAUCUAACUGCAUAUUGCAGGAAUCUAACCUCGCUCACAGAGAUGAAAACACAUGAACUAACGACUGAUUAACCACUGAUAUAAAAUUCAUUUACAGGAACUGUGACUCGAGUUUGUAACAGUAAUGACGGUCAGCCUAUCUGGGGUGAUGUGAAUCUCUCCAACUGUAGAAGCCCUGCUGUUAUCAAUCUUGUUGAUAAGGUGAUUGUCAAACUUGUCAUUGUAAUUCAUCUAACUGUUCCUUCAAUUAAACUUAUAUAAACUAAUCUAUAUCGUGGUUUUUGUCUGAACUACAUGAAGAAGAUUGAAAACAACUUUAUCUUUUUACAGGUCUCUGGACUAGACGAAGGGUUUGAAUCAGGGAAUAUCAGCAACAUUUUGGGCGAAACUGAAAAAGUUUCAGAAGACGAUAAACUUUAUGAAAAAGAUGUUGAAGACAUUGUGUACGUUUUGGAGAAGACAAAGCAGAGAACGAAAACACAAAAUGAUCGUCAAAAUUUUAUUCGUUCAUCAAGUAAUAUAGUGAGUCAAAAGAGAAAGAAUGUAUGGAAAAAUAUACAGGUAAGAUAACAUUCAGCUAUUUUAUUAACCAAAAUACCAUACCCUGAUGAAAAACUCGUAAGGUGAUUCAGGCAUCCCUUAUUAAAGUUUAUAAUUAUAAUAAUAUACAUGAAAAAAUCUCUUAAUUCUGAUUGGCUAAGAGCAGAGCAGUCAAUCGAAAUACAGUGCCAAAAAAUGAAAUACGGUGCAAAUUUUAUUGACUAUAAGAUACAGCAAUUUCUAGCAGAAAAUAAUACAAAAAAACCCAAACAUUUUGUUAAUUAUUAUUGUUUGGAAAGAAUUGUUUUACUAUUUAUUAUUAAAUCAACAUAAAGUAUAUAUCAGUUUCAUGGCCUGAUUAAAUGUCAGAUGAUAAGUAGGAUUCAGUAUCGGUGGAACUUUCGGAGUACAAAUCUGAUACAUCUGAAUUGUCAAUGACAAUGCUAGCAGCUCACACCAUUAGAACCUAUUGAUGAUUGAAGGGGGGGGGGAGGGGGGGGUAUGAAAAUUUUCAUUUACAUUGAAGGGGGCUACGAAAAUUUUUCCAUAGGUUUUUGGGAGUAUUAAUGAGUUUUUUACUGUCAACUUAUUAUAUGGUGACUCAAUGAUAACUGUGUUUGUUUUCUAGUCUAGAAAUAAUUUAGCGAAGCAGAUUAUAAGUGGCGCAGAUCUCAAUGCGAGGAACUACAUCUCGCAAAGUGCAGAAAUAGGAAAAGUUGUCUCAUUGAGUACACCCAACAUAAACGUGCGUGGAAUACGUCUACCAACAGUAAAACCUACCAAUCCUGAAGACAUCAGCUUGCUGGGCACAGGAGGACAGGGUGUGAUUAUCCCUGAUGUUGUGACCAAUCAAAUCGACCUAGCAACCGUAGUGCAGUACAGUUCAAUCAAGGAUAUUUUAUCUGAAGAAGAGUUGAAAGAAUCCGUCGAUAAUACUAUAGGAUCAACUGAAUCAUUGACAAUCAGAAGUACUAUUGUAUCUUUCACAAUCGAACCACAGCCUCAGAAUAAGUCAAUAUCUAAACCUUUCAAGAUUGUACUUCAGAACAACCAGGUAGGGAGUGCGUGUGGUUUGCUGGAUGAAUAGGUGAGGAAAUGAAUGCGCUCCAGACUAAUUUUGUUUAUUCUGGAUAGCUCUAUCUAUCUGAACUGUUAUCCCUAGAAGUUAAAGGGAUUUCCCUUAUUAGCAUACACUCUAUCAUGGACCAUUACAAAUCCAGUAUUCUGAUUGGCUAUAAAUAGACAACCAGAAAUCAAAUCCUGGGCGCAAAGAUGAAGAGUAUAUGUGGUAACGCUGUGCCAUCAACCACAUGAAACACUUCAUUACACUCAUACCUUAGGCAUAUAUUAUUAAACACUUCAUAACACUCAUACCUUAGGUAUAUAUUAAACACUUCAUAAUACCCGUGCCUUAGGUAUGUAUCAAUAUACACUCAUGUAUUUUUCUUAGACUGGUUAUGAAGAUCCGAGACGAACGUGUGCGUUUAUUGAACCUGACCUAAAUGGCAGUAAAUGGAGCAGUAAAGGAUGUACAUUGAAUGAAGCUGAAUCGAAUGUGGAAAAUGUUGCCUGUGAUUGUGAUCAUAACACAGCUUUUGCUAUCAUGAUGGAUGUUGCGGAUGUGCAGGUAAGAUGAAUAAAUUACUUGUUCAGGCUAUCAUGGGGAGCAAUGGUAGAAUACAAGGAGUACUAGUUAGCAUACUGCCACUUAUACCUCUGAGUUAAGCCUGCUAUUGUAGGUUGAGAGACUAAUUGCAAAUACUUGCAAAUAUAAAUGCUGCCAGGGGCGUCGCUAGCCCUGUUUCAAUGAAGGGGGGAGGAGGUGUAAGUGUAAUUUUGCUGACUCAUCUCAACCACUAAUUAAUAUUUCUUUUCCCAAAAUUGUUGGCGAACCGGGGGGGACAAAAAUGUUUUCUUAGUUUUUAAUCAGUGCAACAUAUAUUUUAGUUUUUUAUCCCUUCCUAUCCAAUUCAAGUUUUGCCAACUGCGAACACAAUUUCCCGACUGGGAUUCAUAAUUCGCGGAAUGCCUGACGACGCGCCUGAGUGCUGCUUCGAAAUGAGUCGAUCAGUGAACGAAGCGUUACCUAUUUCAUAUUCAUUCACAUUUUUCAGCUAACUGAGUCUGAACGUAAGUUAUUGGAGAUGAUUUCCACCAUCGGAUGUUCAAUAUCAUUGGUCGGCAUUGUGUUGACAAUUUUCAUGCAAGUUUGUUUCUGGAAACAAUUGAAGUCACCUCGUACUAAGGUUUUACUCAAUCUGUGUGUUGCCAUUGGAUUUACGGAUAUCUUUGCCAUCCUAGAGGGUGUUGCGAGAGAUAGCCCAGUAAGUUUCCUUUGCUAAAAAUUUUAUCUUUUUUUUACCACGGGAUGUUGGUCGUCUAGUGGCUAGUGAAUCAGUGCAUGCGUCAUUCUGUGACCAGGCUUCAAUUCCUGCAUUAUGCCACAGGAUAAAUUUGACCAGAUGUGUAACUUCAUAGGACUUCGUGUCCUCAAAUUUACCUAGAUGUACACGACAUGCAUGCUCACGCCGUGACACUUGCUAGCAAAAUGGCGUCCAGUAAAACACAAACGUUUGCACUUUGUUGCGGCCCUGUUGAAAGCAAUGACGUAUGACCAAAUGACAAACCACGCGAGCGACACUUGCUAGGAAGAUAAGGACAACUUUUUUCCUGAAGUUACACAUCCAAGUGUUCAAAAGCCUGUUAGCUUAAACCCUAGGUUAACCUAAAAUUCAAAGUAAACUUCCCAACAGCUUAUUUAUAAACUUAGAAACAUUUCUUCGGAAAUCUUGUCUGGACCAAUUUUUUUCCAAUUUCAAAAAAACUGAUGGUUUUAUAUGGUCGGAACGUUGUGAGGAAGUAGAGCGCUGGGGGGUCAAAGUAUUUAUUAUCUACAGUAUAUUUAACGUUGUAAAUUUAUAAUUAACGUUGUAAAUUAUGAUAGACUCUUAAUUUGUAUAUAGGUGGCAGAAUAAAGGUGUGGUUGGGUGGGGCCAGACAAACUCGAUUCUGGGUGGCGGAGCUACAGGUAGGGGUGUCCCCCCAAAUUUUGAAUUUAGAGGCUUGUAGGUUCUGGCAAAGAUUUGUCUCACCCAACCACCCACAAAAACUGUUUCAAAACAUGUAACUGGGAAUCAUGAAUACUCAAUAUAUAAUAACCUUAGGCAGCAAAGAAUAUUAGGUUCUCCCACUCUAAUCUCUUUUGGAUAGCUUCGCUCACACCAAUUUUACCUCCUGUUCCAUUACCCCCAGCACGUAUGUGAUUUGUGAGGAAAAUAUGAGGAUCUGGUGGUCCUCUUCCAGAAAACAUUUAGAUUUUUGAUGCUCAGUGACAGCAUUUCUGGCAUCUGGAGCAUCCACAAGGAAAACGGGUAAAUGAGAAGACUGUUUUGAGGUUAUAUUUUUGUUAAUUUGGUGACUGCACAUUUGAGUUUUAAGAACUGCACAAAUGGGUUUAGAACUGCACAUUUUGUGUAGAACUGCACGUUAAAAUAAACCCUACCUUUAUUUGUGUGCAUGCAUGGGCGCAGGGCGGCAAUAUUUGUUAUAAUUUUGCUGGCUGGAUAUUUGAUUACUUGUAGCCAACAGAGUUGGACAAAUUGAUUGGAGCAAUUUUAUUCCUUACAUGCGACGCUAAAGACUAAACCACAUCACAAUUUGCCAAUUAUUUAGGAUCGAAGGCUUUCUUUUUGACUAUUUUUCUAAAGGACAACAAUUGAGAUAUUACUUUCGUAACUGUGUUUAUCCCAACCCACCCUGUCAACUUUCCCUAUGGGAGGGGUGCUCGGAGAAAAUCACGUCUUUCGGCAGAGCGUUGAUCAUGACUACGUCUUCACAUGAGUCCGUAGCGAGAAUCGAACCCACGAUCUCAGAGGUGAGAAGCGCUUGCUCUUUUCACAUGAGUCUGUAGCGAGAAUUGAACCCAUGAUCUCAGAGGUGAGAAGCGCUUGCUCUUUUCACAUGAGUUCGUAGCGAGAAUUGAACCCAUGAUCUCAGAGGUGAGAAGCGCUUGCUCUUUUCAGGCCAAGUAAGUAACAUGAGCGUAAUACUAGAUGAUGUUUAUUUAGGAGUCAACUAAAUAAACAGAAAAUUAUUAUAGAAAGUUAUUUUAAUGACAGGCAAUUCAAUAAAACCGACAAUAUAUAUGUCUGAUUUAUUUUUAACAGAAUUUCUGUAAAGCAGUUGCGGCUCUGCUGCAUUUCUUUGUGUUGUCAGCGUUUGGAUGGAUGUUGUGUGAGGGAAUAUUACUAUACAUCUUACUCAUCAAAAUAUUUGAUGGCGUGCGUAACAAACAUUGGAAGAUAUUUAAUUUCAUUGGCUGGGGUAAGUAGUCUGUUGUUCCCCUCAUGGACAAUUUUUUCACUAUUUCAAUAUAGUAAUCCCCAGUCAUCAGGUAGUCUACAAAAUAUUGAAACUCAGUCGGCAAAACAUGGAUUGGGAUAGGAAGGAAAAAUAAAAUAGUUGAGUGACAACGAUUAAAAACUUUUUUGAUGUUGCGCUCUCCCUCUCCCCGCUCGCCAACAAUUUUGGAAAAAGAAAUAUUAAUUAGUGGUUGUAAUGACUCGUCAAAAUUUGCUUUGAUACCUCGUCAAAAUUCACUUACACCCCAUUCAAAGAGGUUUAGCGACCCUCCCCCCGCUGGUAUUGUCAGCCAUUAUUGCGAGGCAGCGACUCUUCGUGGUGGCACUUCUCUGAUUUCAUGAAAAGCGCAUUUCAAUAAGAGUUUAACAACCCAAGUGUUGAUAAGUAGAUAUCUAACAUCUUACAACUCAUAAUACCUGUAUCCCUUACAGGCAUUCCCUUAUUGAUCGUUGUCAUAUCGCUUGGAGCAACUCAGGGUGAAGGAUAUGGCACAGAAUCUUCAUGUUGGCUCAGUGUUGAAAAUAAAUUGAUUUGGGCGUUUGUGGGACCUGCUUUCCUCGUCAUAUUGGUACGUGGCUUAAUUCAUCUUGUUAGUCAGAACAAUGCGUGAUUCUAGCUAUAGACUAAAUGUUGAUCUAGGCAAGAAGAAAGCGUCAUAGAAUGAGUAAAAUUGCAAAGUUCGGUUGGGAAAUGUACGUUGUAAAAUGAAAAAACAUAGCGCUGUGAAGUUCGCAAAUUUUGUAUAUAUUUGUAUUAAGCGCAGUAAAAAUAACCACUUUCGGCUCAAAAAUGGUUAUUUUUCCCGCGCGUAAUGCAAAUAUAUACAAAAUUUGCGAACUUCACAAGGCUAUAUUUUCCUCAUUUAAGCAAGAAACCUACGAUGUGGGACGGUGACGACGACGGCUAUUCGUACAGUGAGAUUCAUAACAUUUAAGAAAAAAAUGAAUAAUUAAUAUCCAACGGGAGUUUGAGACGCCAUCCACAGUCUGUUCACAACGACAAACUACAAACUUUUACGUCUUGGAUAAAACGCCUGCACUUGAAGACGCGAGAAGUGAUACUCAUCAAAUUAGCUCAGUAUACUACAAUAGAAUUUUCUCAACAAUAAAGCCACUAUUUCGAGCUAACCACACAGUAUUAAAUUGAUAGGAUCAAUAAUAGUGUACAGACUUUCUUUACAAUCGUUUACUUGAAUGAUUUUAUUCUGGCCGUUGUGUUGCCGUCCUAUAUCAGGUCUUUACUGAAACAGUAAGGAUGACACUUGCUUCUAUUAUAUCUCUCUGAAGAGAAAGUUAGGUAGAGCCAAAUAUAUACCAAGGUAUCACAGGGUCUAUAUUUCAUUCUUUCAUCUUCCAGGCCAACACUAUCGUGUUUGUGAUGGUCCUACAUAGAAUGAUGAACUCUCACAGAAUCAAACAACAGGACAAUAUUACUAAAGUGAGAACUGGUGUGAAAGCUGCUGUACUAAUCUUCCCAAUCCUUGGUCUGACUUGGGUGUUUGGCUUAAUGACUUUCAACAGAGAAACGUUGUUCUUCCGCUAUGUUUUUGCCGUGCUUAAUUCCGCGCAAGGAAUGCUGAUUUUUCUGUUCCAUUGUGUCCUUAAUAAACAGGUAAGAGUGAGGAUAUCUGCAGCUUGGGUGCCCAGUGUAUUAUAGUAUUUUACAAUAAGCUGCUGUGGUUUGUGUCUGAACUUCCUGAAAAAGAUUAAAAAUACUUCACCAGCAGGUUAAAUCGUUUAUAAAUGUUUUGGAUAAUAGUACAUUUUAUGUCUUCCAGUUGCGAGAUGUUGUCCGUAACAGCACGAUACGAAGAAGUUCAUUGUCAAACAGCUUUGGCAAGAAAUCUGUUCGCCGUCCAAAGAGUAAGAAAACAUUAUCUUCAGUUUUGACAUUUCGUGUUUUAUAUUUUUAUGUUCCAUGUCUUUGGCAGUUCUUCCAUUCUUCUCACGGAUAUUUUUAUUCUCAAAAUAACCAAACGACAUCGUUUGUUUUCUCAGAUUCCACGAGUUCACCAAGCAAGACAGGUGGUUCAGGUAUAAACGAGAGGAUGGUUGAAAAUAAUGCGAGGCUACAGUUAGAGAGCAAAUCUGAAAGUGGUGGUGGAUAUAACAAUCUCAUUGUGUCUGUCGCUGAAGAAGCGACUGAAGAUGAAAAAGUGUUAACUCUUGUCCAAGGUUAGUAAUGUUGGAAAACGUUUUGCUGACAAAAAUAUGCAUAAUUAUUUCGUUGUGGACCUGCUUGCAUGCAUGCGGUAUGUAAUAUUUCACUAAUCCGACUAUGAGGACUGGACUAGAUUUCAAGACCGCGCAAUUUGAUCAAAAUGGGGGGUCUUGAAAUUUAGUUCAGCCGGAAUUGGAGGAUUUGAAAUGACAUUUCAUACGAUUACUUAAAGUGAGGUGAAUAAUUUUGAUCCAGUCCUAGGACUGGAUAAAUAUACUUCACGAGGUAUCCAGUAUUUUGUGAGCAAAAUAGAGCAAUAUGGUUGGCUAAAUUACUCAUGAAUUUUUGUGAGUUUGAGAUCUUUAUGAUUUACACUGGAUAGCUAUAUCAAUUCGAGAUUGAGGGAACUGGAGCAUCUGUGGAAAACCUGCUGUGUUUAGUAAAAUCAAGAAAGAAAUCUUUCAAUUCAUGAAAGGAACGACUCAAGUUUGAUUUGACUAAACACAGCAGGUUUUCUACAGAUACUCCAGUUCCUUCAAGAUGCAACAUGGGAUGGUCCUUUUAACGUUAAUCUGGAAUUGAGGAUUAAUAUUUGUAAAUUGCACGAAUCGAACUCCCAUUUAAAUCUCUUCACGAGAAUAAUUUAAUAUUUGGCUUAAUCUGAAAAUGGAUUUCUAUUUGAUAAUCAAUCCAUAUCUUGUUCAUUACAAGAUCACCUUGUGGCUGCAUGUUUUAAAUAGUUUCAUUGAUUCAUUCUGUGUUUAGCACUACAAAAUAACACGGUAUAGACAUUUUCUUGAGUGUCCGAAUUGCUUGAGUACAGGUACACAGGAAAAACAACAGCUCGAAAUCUAGGCGGACAAUGUAAUCCAUUGUAAAUAUGGAUUGUGCUGUGCAAGCAAGCAAAUGUGACAAGUGCAUAUUGAUAAAGAAAAGAAUAAGUAACAUCCACAUACACUUUGUUCAACAUAGGGAAUGAAGAGACACGCCACAGUUCACCGAAUGCGUCCGUACACAGUGAAAAUUCCCGAGGUCGAGACAACGAUGCAGUUGAGGUGGAUAGUAAGGGUUACCACAGUGGAGAGUCAGAGAAUUCGUCUUCUGCAGACAGACACUCGAACAACGAAAACGCUCACUUAACUGUAUAAUGUUAUUGUACUGUAUAAUGUUACUGUACACACUCUAUGUUACUGUACCGUGUACCGUAUAAUGUUACUGUACUGUUUACCGUAUAUUGUUACUGUACUGCAUAAUGUUAUUGUACUGUACUGUAUGGUGUUACUGUACUGUAUAAUGUUACUUUAAUAGUGUACUGUAUGUUACUGUAUAUUUUUACCAUACUAAUUUUGAAAAAAAAAACUCAUUGAUAAUGCAUGAGGAAAAGCAAAAAAAAUCACGACCGUGUCGGUGGUUUUAUAUGUGAUAAAAAAUCAUGUUCAUUUACAAAAACUAUAGUUUUAAUUUUCUAGGCUUAGACAACGUUUAAUUUUCAAAUUACUUAAUAUCUGACAAUGCAAUGCAGUGCAUGUGCAUGUGCUGGGACGGGGAGGAAUGAAAGGUCGGGCAUUUUCAGGCUUAGUUGGGAAAAUGUCAUCUGCACCGGUACACCUAUGUUCAAAUCGAAUGGAGAGUUAGCGAGUAGUAAGUCUUACUCUCAAGGAUAAACAGUGUACUUAUCGUUAUCACAUAAAAUAAUAUUAACAUUGCAGCAUUCUGUUUUAAUUUUCUUAAAAUAGCUAACAUGCAUGAAAAGAAUGUACAUGAUACAAGUCUGCUACAGCAAUGACUUGCAAUGAUAAUACCCUUAUACCCAUAUUACUGUAAUUGUAUAUAUAAACAAUCUUCCAAUUGAUAUAAAAAUCUUACUAUAAAGUACAUAUAAAAGGAAUGCCACGUUUAAGUGAAACAAACAUAUGGUUUGCUAAAAACCAACUUGAAAUAUGUCGAGAAUAUUCUAAAGAAAUAUCAGUAACUACUUUGUUUGAUUGUUUCUAGUUUCAACGCUACACUUCAGUAAUAUUGUUUUUAACCUUAAUUGAAUGACAAAUAUAAUCACUUCAGUC